UACACUCACUCGGAUGCAGCCGGAUGAGUUUUAGUUCAAGAUGGAUUUUUACCCUGGAUUCUAUUUACAGCCAAGCUGCUGAACUAAUCGGAGAAUGCGGGACCCGCUCUGUAAACACAAAUAAGCUCAAGAUCGACUGUUUUGCACACACGGAUUUGGCUCCAAGGCGUUUCAUUCGUAUGUGUGUGUGUUUUUUUGUAUGUUUGUUUGGCAUACGGAAUCCAGACCCCCGAAGCGAACAGGCAUCAUCAUGGCAACGUGCGCUUUGAUUUGCCCCAUCAGCAGCCUGAUGCUGCUGCUCCUGCUGCUCAAACCCCUGGGCGUCGGAUCGACCGCCCCUUAUACGGACCAGUCUGGUUUUACAGACUCUACCGACUUGCCAGUGAAUUCUAACGCUGAAAGCACACGCUGGGAAGAGGUGAGCUUUCCGGAAAGCUCGCAGCCCGGCUGGAGGACUCACAGACCCGGGACGGACUCACUCUCCACUUCGGACUCAGGCUCCGAUGAUCGCCGACAAUCACCUUCUCAGCCCGCUGGUGGGCCUGGGAGUAGAAAUCAGACAUACAGUAGCAUAACGUCAGAAAACUGGACUCAUGAUUCUCAAAAUAACAGCACAUAUAUCUCCAGUACUGGAGAAGUGGACCUUCAUCUGUUACCUAAUAGCACAUUUAUGGAAAAAAAUGGAUUGUCCAUAUCUUUUAUGCCAGCUACCAGCAGUUCACAAAGUCAUUCACCAACCAUGACUUCAACUUCAGAAUUUGAAGAAAGUAUUACAACUGACUCUGAAUCGUCAAAUCAUUCAUAUUCUACAGUACCUUCAAGAGACAUUAUAUCUACAGAUCUGUUUGAUUCUAGAAGUCAUCCUUUUACAUCAUCUUUAGACAAUGAAACUUCAAGAACAGAUGAAGAAUUUGGAGGCAGGCUUUAUGACGCAGUGUCAGAAGGGACUGAUAAUCAUGAAAGAUUGUUAACUGCUUCACCUGGUGUUUCUGAAGGACCUUUAUAUACUGCACCAAAUGUUUUAAAAAUGCCUUUAAAUACUUUGCCAAAUGUAUCUAAAAAAUCCUUAACUAUUGAACAGAAAAAUUCAGUAAGAUCUUCAAGUAUUUCACCAACUGAUUCUGAAGUAUCCAGUAUUUUACAAUAUAUUUCUGAGAGGUCUUUAAAUAGCAUACAGAACUAUACUAAAAGAUCUUUAAGUAUUUCACCAAAUGAUUCUGAAAGAUCAGGUACUUCAACAAAUUAUUUUAAAAGAUCUUUAAGCACAUCACCAAAUGAUUCUGAAAGAUCAAGUACUUCAACAAAUGAUUUUAAAAGACAUUUAAGUACUUUUUCAAAUGAUUCUGAAAUAUCUACUAUUAGUGCUCAAAAUGAUUCUGAAUGGUCAAGCACAUUGAUAAAUGCUUUUAAAAAAUUUUCAAACUCUUCACCAAGUGAUAAUGAAAGGCCAAGUACUUCAACAAAUGAUUUUAAAAAAUCGUUAAGUACUUUGUCAAAUUAUUCUAAAAUAUCUACAGUUAGUGCCCAGAAUGAUUCUGAAUGGUCAAACACAUUGACAGAUAUUUUUGAAAACUCUUCAAACUCUCCACCACAUGAUUCUGAAAGAUCAGGUACUUCAACAAAUGAUUUUAAAAGACCUUUAAGUACUUUGCUAAGUGAUUCUAAAAUAUCUAUUAGUGCUCAAAAUGAUUCUGAAUGGUCAAGCACAUUGAUAAAUGAUUUUGAAAACUCUUCAGACCGUUCACCAAGUGACACUGAAAGGUCAAAUACUUCAUUGAAUGAUUUUAAGAGAUCUUUAAGUACAUCACCAAAUGAUUCUGAAAAGUCAAGUACUUCAACAAAUGAUUUUAAAAGACCUUUAAGUACUUUACCAAAUUAUUCUAAAACUAUUAGUGCUCAAAAUGAUUCUGAAUGGUCAAGCACAUUGAUAAAUGAUUUUGAAAACUCUUCAAACAGUUCACCAAGUGACACUGAAAGGUCAAAUACUUCACUGAAUGAUUUUAAAAGACCUUUAAGUACUUUGCCAAAUGUUUCUAAAAUAUCUACAGUUAGUACUCAAAAUGAUUCUGAAUGGUCAAGCACAUUGAUAAAUGAUUUUGAAAACUCUUCAGACCGUUCACCAAGUGACACUGAAAGGUCAAAUACUUCAUUGAAUGAUUUUAAGAGAUCUUUAAGCACAUCACCGAAUGAUUCUGAAAAGUCAAGUACUUCACCAAAUGAUUUUAAAAGACCUUUAAGUACUUUGCCAAAUUAUUCUAAAACAUCUACUAUUAGUGCUCAAAAUGAUUCUGAAUGGUCAAGCACAUUUAUAGAUGCUUUUGAAAACUCUUUAGACUCUUCACCAAGUGACACUGAAAGGUCAAAUACUUCACUGAAUGAUUUUAAAAGACCUUUAAGUACUUUGCCAAAUGUUUCUAAAAUAUCUACAGUUAGUGCUCAAAAUGAUUCUGAAUGGUCAAGCACAUUGACAGAUAUUUUUGAAAACUCCUCAAACUCUCCACCACGUGAUUCUGAAAGAUCAGGUACUUCAACAAAUGAUUUUAAAAGAUCUUUAAGUACAUCACUGAAUAAUUCUGAAAGAUCAAGUACUUCAACAAAUGAUUUUAAAAGACCUUUAAGUACUUUGCCAGAAGAUUCUAAAAGAUUUACUAUUAAUGCUCAAAAUGAUUCUGAAUGGUCAAGUACAUUGGUAAAUGCUUUUGAAAACUCUUCAAACUCUUCACCAAGUGAUACUGAAGGAUCUUUAAGUACUUCACCGAAUUAUUCAAAAAGAUCUUUAAGUACUUCAUUGAAUGAUUCUGAAAGAGUGAGUAUUUCACCAAAUGUUUCAGAAAGUGCUUUAAAUAGUGCUCAAAAUUAUUCUGAAAACUCUCUAAGUACUUCACUGAAUGAUUCUAAAAGUUCUACACCAAAUAAUUCUGAAAAUCCUUUAAGUGCUUCAUUGAGCAGCUCUGAAAUACUCAACACUGCAACAAAUAGUUCUGAAGAGACAAUUCAUUCACAUUCAACAUCCAUACCUAUGGAUUUUAAUGAUGUUACCACUGGGUUGGACGCAGUAAGGUCAUUGAGUAUACCUUCCACACAGUCAGUUGAUACUCAGACAAUUGGUUCAAGGUUGACAAGUCACUCCCUUUUUAUCUCAGGUGCUGAAACUGUAACAGCAACCAGUCAUUUACUUUCCAGAAUUACAGAUGAUUUCUUAAAUACUACAGUUCUGUCUGAAAUAUACAAUGUUGAGAACUUGAUUACAACAACAUUGUCUUCGAUACAGUCAGAUUUUGAAGGCUUAGUGAAUGAUUUCACAGAGUUAAGUUCUAACUUUAUUCCAGCUAAUACUUCUAAACUAGACUUAGCUGAAUCGGAAAUUAAUAGCUUUGUUAAAACGCAAGUUGUAGGAACAACAACAAGAAGCACUACUCUGAGGAGUGUACUUCCCGAAGGAACACCAGACUAUCCCAGAACUUCACUGCCUAUAAUAACAAGUGCUCAUUUGUCAUUUUCUACCAUGGAACCGCCUAUUAGAGAAGCAGGAAGAACAUCCUCAGCACCAAUUGUAAUAACAUCUGGGCCUCAUACAAGAAGAUAUACUACAUUUUCACAACUUCCUGCUGUCACACCAAAGCCUGCACUAAUUAGUACAACAGGAAGUGAAUUUGCCACUGAAUGGACUAGUCCAGCUGUUUUUAUGAGUACUUUAAAUGGAGAUGAAACAACAGAGACUAGCUUGCCUACAACUGCUGUUAUUAAGCCAACUGAACCAACCAGUACAAGAACUUCAGUUGGCAUGAAGUUUUUGACCAGCACAAGGUCUACGACUAGCACAAGGACCUCAACUAGCACAAGGUCUCCAGUUAGUACAAUGAUGCUAACAAACACAAACAUUUUGGAAAGUAUCACGGAGAUACCAACUACUCCUACAAAAACACUGACAAGCACAAAGUCUCCUACUACUAAAGGAAGAGUUACUCCUGAGUCAAUGACUGUGAUUCAAAUUACCAGUACAAGUAUACCUAAAAUCUCUACAGUAUCCACAGAAAAUCCCUGCAUCUCAAAUCCUUGUCUUAAUGGAGGCACUUGUGUCAAUUACUGUAAUAAUAGCAAAAAGUGUGCAUGCCCACCCAACUGGCAAGGAGUGAACUGCAGCAAAGAUGUGGAUGAAUGUCUUUCAAAUCCAUGUCCAUCUCGGGCAAAAUGUGUUAAUAAUUUGGGCUCUUUCACCUGCAACUGUUACCCUGGUUAUUACCUUGAGAAGGGAACAAGAUGCACUUUGGCACGGACUUUUGCAGGUGUUUUCUACAAUGGCAACAAAUCCCGGAAUUCAGGAAUGCAGGAGCUAGAGGAAGAUAUUUUAAAAAUGCUUAAUGCUUCUCUCUUUCUUCUGAAUGGCUACUACACAUCUGUUGUUGCAGAUUUAAGUGAGGCUGAAGGCAGUGUGUCUGUCUUGAACAUGUUUAUACUCUCAUCCAAUGUGACAACUCCUGAGGUAUUGAGCAGUGUGCAAAAUUAUAUUACGGUCUGCAGAUCUAACACUGGAAGCUGCCAGUUUGUGCUAAAUCAUCAGCUAUCAUAUAAAGCUGAAAAGUUAUGUAACUUGAAAGUGCCUGAAUGUGACAAUGCAACUGCAGAAUGUAACGAUUAUAAUGGGAUUGCAGUCUGCCAGUGUAAAGAUGGUUACUUCAAAUACAAUGCCAUGGAUCAUUCAUGUAGAGCAUGUGACGAUGGUUACAAGUUAGAGAAUGGAACCUGUGCACCUUGUAUGUUUGGAUUUGGUGGAUUCAACUGCAAAAAUCCUUACAAGCUCAUUACUGUGGUGAUUGCUGCAGCUGGUGGAGGAUUGCUGCUUAUCUUGGGCAUUGCAUUAACUAUCACAUGUUGCAGGAAAGACAAAAAUGAUAUCAGCAAAUUAAUCUUCAAGAGCGGUGAUUUUCAGAGAUCACCAUAUGCCGAGUUUCCCAAAAAUCCCCGGAUAUCCGUAGAGUGGGGAAGGGAAACAAUAGAGAUGCAGGAGAAUGGAAGCACAAAAAAUCUGUUGCAGAUGACAGAUGUGUACUAUUCAUCUGGCCUGAGAGUUUCAGAAGUGGAUCGGAAUGGCUUGCACCCUUACAGUGGCCUACCAGGCUCACGCUACUCUUGCAUCUAUACUGGACAAUACAAUCCAUCUUUCAGCAGUGAAGAAACAAGAAGACGAGACUAUUUUUAGCCAAAUUAAAAUAGAGAUUUAUUUUUGUGUCAGAACAGAAUAUGGGAUAUAUGAUGCAAUGAGAGGAAUUACUGCAAAAAAGCUGGAUUCUGAACAUUUAUAGUAAAGGACCGGUGGAAUGUGAAGGAGAAGCUGCAUGCAGUGGACGGUUCACAGCAGCUACCAUAGAUCACACUGUGAUGGGCAAGUGAUGGAACUGAUAUCAUCAGCUGUACUGAAUGGGCUUACUUGCAUCAGCACAUGAAAACUUUACUUACAAAUGGACAAUAUACACUGUGUAUUUUUGUGGUUCAUGUUUCUAGUUUGUUAAUAACUUAUACACAGUUACAGUAUUUUCAGACUGGCCAAAUGAUAAUAUUGUGCAGCUGUAAGAAACACUAACUGAUGAACUUGUGGAAGAACUGGAUGCUGUUAACAUUCCUGGCCUGGUGCUGUCAUAUUGCUCAGGUGAAUUGGAGCAUUUGAGAUCUAUCAGGAUUCAGACCUCAUUCAUGCUGGAAACAUUUCUGAACGCCCUGGCCCUUUUCUCAAUUCCUUUGUGUACCUCUGGUGCCUGGUUCAUAUGACAUUCUGAUUUUUUUCCUCUCUUUUUUCUUUUGCCAACUACAGAAGCUAAAAAAGAGAGAUAGAACCGACAAUUUCUGAUACUGUGGGAAGUGUGAAUAGAGUCAUCCUUUUUUAAGUUGAAACAUUCCACCCAGAGCUUUUUAGCAGCCAGUUGGGAAAUGAUGAAUGCUGAAUUCUGUUUUUGAUUCUCUUUAGGUUUCUUCUGUUGCAAGUGCUUUCAAAAGAUUCGGAUUCUUUCAUACCCUCUCGUUGCAAACCUCUGAAAUUGCUGCAUCACUUCCAUUGAGUGGCUGAGUGGGUACCUCUACAAGUACUCCUGCACUACUUCAAUUGGCCCUGAUUAAUCCAUAUCUAAAAAAUGACAAUACACUUCCUGUUGCCUCUUCCCGCCUUUUCGUAAUUAUUUUUGUUUAAACACAGCUGGCACCUCCGCUCCCAACAUGUUGGGAAGAAAAAGACAAUUCGGGCAAAUGAUCCUUGUUCCCUUUAAUUGACCUCAACCGAAUUUACAGACAACAUUCACUCUCGUAUCUCUCAUUUUCUUCUUUCUUCAGAAAAAGAUCUAGCUAUAUUCUGAACCAAUUUAAAGUAUUUGCUACCCAUUUAAAUUUAUUUCAUAAACACUCUACAUAUUCUGGGAAAACAAGUUCUAUGCGACUUCCCUGCUUGAUCAUUACUUUAAAAAUAAUCUUAGGUAUCUUGGUACUAGAACUCUUUACCAGGAUCAAUUUUGUUCACCCUGAAUAAAUUUUAAAAUUCCAAUUUGGUAACUUUCCAUUCUGAACCAGACAACUUUAUUAACCUUUCCUUAUAAUUUACUGAUGCUUAUAACCAACUUCGCUACUUGGCUUUAUAGCUUCACGGCCAAUAAUAUCUUACCUAUGAUUGAUUAGGUGACCAGAACUAAAUAGAAAUGGAAGUUGAUCAAUGCAUUUUGUAGCAACAAAAUAACCUCUUGAUUUUUUUUUAUUCUGUUCAUUUGCAAAUGUAGCUCAUAGAGAACCUAAAGACCAGAAAUAAAAUUGAAAUUAAGGUUUAGUUAGAUAAUUAUUAGCUGGUAAGUACAAUCUACAGAAUGAUCUGAGGGAACAUUCUCACUGCAGCUAAGCACUGUGUGAAUAGUGUUAUUAGCCCAUUUAUCAAAAAGAUAUAAAUCAUUUUGGCAUCAGUAAAUUGGUGACAAUUCUCUCUUCUCAGUCAACUGCCUGCCCCUUCUUAAAUCUUCUUUGCUGCUUGAGAAGUUUCCAUUUUCAGCCUUUCCUUUUUUUUUUAUCAAUUUAUCUGUUUAUCUAUAUUUUGCUUUAUUUGUUUAUUUUAUCUUACUGAUGUGAACCUUGUCAAAUCCAAGGAUUAUCCUUUUCCCCUAUGUUAGUUAUAUUUUUGGAAAACACCAGUAGAUUAGAUAGGCGGGAUUUCCUACUGGUAAACCUGUUAAAAUAAGCUUUUUAAAUAGUUACAUUUUACCAAGGGCUAGCUUUCCCCAAAGUCAUUUUGUAGAUUUUACUUACUACUAAGAAUUAACUUACUGAGCUUUAGUUUCCAUGUAUUAAUUUUCGCUGUUGAUUUUUUCCUCUGCAGCACCUUCCAGCACUAGGGAGCUGGAAGUGGCAAUGCCUUUGGCCAUCAAUAGUGGCUUGGCUCACACAGAGUUUAAAUAGAUAUGCAUAACUUUUGUGGAGUAUAAGCAAUAAGAAAUAUGAGCAAUAGGAAAAGAAAUAAGCCAAAAUACUGGGAAUAUUUGCUCUGGCAGUGAAAAUUUGCUCCCAGUAUCUUUUCUUCAGCAAGGACUGUGGGAUAGUACAGGUCACGAACUACUGCAGGUCAGUCUUCAAUACUACUUAAUGAUGGGACAGCGAUAGAUAUACCUGCAAUUGCAGAAUGAAGGGAAAAAUCAGCGUCAGUGUCCUCCUGUUCUCCCUCAUAAGUGCCAACACAUUAAAAAGUUCAGUCCACUUGGUAGUCUAACCUUUAUGUAUAGUUUUGAAAAAUAAUACUUAAGUUCAAAAUGUUGAAAUGCAUUGAAAAGUUAGCAUUGCAGCAAAUCUUUUGCUCCCUGUCCAGCUCAAUUCUGAGGGCAUUCAACUCUUAUUAUUUUAGAAUAUGAAUUGUUAGAAAUAUGUAGAAGACAAUUCUUGCAUUUGUUACAUGAAAAUAUGUCCUUUGAAAAUGUUUGAAAGUUCUCCCAAUGUUUUCAGUCAAAGUAUUGAAAGAGGAAUUAGACUGUUGUCUGGAAAGGCAGAACGUGCAGGGUUAUAGGGAGAAGGCGGGAGAAUGGCACUAAGUGAAUUGCUCACUCGGAGAGCUGAUGAGACAUGGUGGGCCAAAUGAAUCCUUCUGCACUGUAACAAUUCCAGAAUUCUGUCACUCAGUUAAAGAACUGUGAAUAAUAGAGAAAAUGUUUUGAUCUUAAAACAGAUGAAAAAGUUGGGAGGGGUCUUUAUUACCAUUUAUUUUUCCACAUAGAUUUCUUAAAACAUGAAGAUGUCUCUAGCUUAUAGGAGAUAUUUUUGUUAUACGGGAAUUUUAAGGUGGCUUUAUUCUUUUAUGAGAGUUUAGCACCUGAGCCAGGAAUUGAUCAGCCUCUGUUAAACAUUGUUGGCUGCCACCAAUUCCUAUUUGAAAAAAAUGGUUACCUUGAAGGUUACCUUUCAUUUCCCCCUUAUUUAUAGUGUCAGAUCUUGCACUGGAAAACCAGGAGCAGGUGGUAAUUACUGCUGCUCCAGCCAUAUUACUUUAAGGUGACCAUACCAAAGAUAAGGCAUUCCUCAUAUGUAGGAAACUAUGGACUUGGGAAAAUAUGUGGUCAGUGGAGGCCAGAUGGUGUUACUGGAAAAUCUAAAAGUCCACUCACCUGUCCCAAGUUGCUGCAUCAUUUGUUUUACUUGUUUUUAAUGACUGUGCGUUAGUCCCUGAUAGCCAGCAUGAUAACAAAUCUACUCAGCUUUGUGGUUUAAGUAUGAACUCUUGUAACUACCAAUCAGUUAAUGAUCUGAUUCAACACUGGAAAUGUCAUGUGAACCCAACAAGUUACUUUCUUUCUGUCUAAAUUAUUGUUGCUUCUGUUUGUUUUUGGUAUGUCCUUCUCAUUGACAGCAGCUAUCUAUGUAUUGAAUAUUUUGUUUGAAGUGAACUAUAUAUGCAGCUCAACAUAUUUAGAGAAUGAACAUUUGUUUUUCCAAAAGAGUUUCAGAAUCUGGCGUUCUAGUCAGCAUUGCAUAGCAGAAAAAUAAAAUAAUUGUCCAGAUAA